AUGUCGUUGGUGGGCAACUUCAACUCGCUCAACAAUGACGGCGCCGCCCGCAUGAGCGGCGCCGAUUCCAAACGCCGCCCCUCCCAAACCCACGGUCGCCGCCCUUCAUUUGCCAACUACAUCCCCACUCCUUUUGGCGGCCAAGAUGACGAGGAGGAGGAAGAGACACUCGAUGAGUAUGCUCCCCCGCGCGAGCAGCGCUUGGAGGAGGUACAUGUCCUGGCUCGGUCGAUGAGCGUGUCAAGUGAGAAUAGCAGAACCGGGGGCCGGCUCAGCGGGGCCAUCCAUCGCACGGUGACUUCGGGAUCCGUUGCAGCCAACCCGUGGAACUAUGAGGAGGGAUCCGACUUGGACCCUUACAGUGACAAUUUCAAUGUUCGCAAGUGGACUCGCUCCGUCGUCAUGGAAGCUCGCGGCGAUGACCACAUCCCACGAUAUGCCGGUAUCGCAUUCAAGGACAUGAGCGUCCACGGUUUCGGGUCUGAUGCAGACUACCAGAAGACUGUUGGUAACAUUCCCUUCUACAUGUUUGGCCAAAUUCGUGACCUCAUCGGCAACCGCAAGCGCAAGGUACAGAUCCUCAACUCGAUUGACGGUGUUCUCGACUCGGGAGAGAUGCUCGUCGUCCUCGGCCCUCCAGGUUCAGGCUGUACCACCAUGCUCAAGACGAUUGCUGGCGAGAUGAACGGCAUUUACCUCGACGAGAAGUCGCAGCUCAACUACCGAGGUAUCGACCCCAAGCGCAUGUACAAGCAGUUCCGUGGAGAAGCCAUCUACACUGCCGAGGUCGACGUGCACUUUCCCAAGCUCGUCGUUGGCGACACGCUCGACUUUGCCGCGCGUGCGCGUGCGCCUCGUAACCCUCCCGGUGGCCUCUCGGUCGGCGAAUAUGCCAAGAAGAUGCGCGACGUCGUCAUGGCCAUCUUUGGUAUCUCCCACACUGUCAACACCAUGGUCGGAAACGAUUUCAUCCGUGGUGUUUCGGGUGGUGAGCGCAAGCGCGUCUCGAUUGCCGAAGCGACUCUUGCCGCCGCUCCUCUGCAGUGCUGGGACAACUCGACCCGUGGUCUCGACUCGGCCAAUGCCAUCGAGUUCGUUAAGAACCUGCGUAUGGGUGCCGAGUUCUUCGGCACCACCGCCUGCGUCGCCAUUUACCAGGCGCCCCAGGCGGCGUACGACCUCUUCGACAAGGUCUCGGUCUUGUACGAGGGCGAGCAGAUCUUCUUUGGUCGCUGCGACAAGGCCAAGCAGUUCUUCGUCGACAUGGGCUUCUACUGCCCAACGCAGCAGACUACCCCCGACUUCCUUACCUCGCUCACCUCGCCCGCUGAGCGCCAGGCGCGCGCCGGGUUCCAGGGCAAGGUCCCCGUCACCCCCCGCGAGUUUGCGCAGCGCUGGAAGGCGUCGCCCGAGUACGCCGCGCUCCAGGCCGAGAUCCAGACCUACAACGCCAAGUUCCCCAUUGGCGGCGAGACCUACGAUCAGUUCCUCGCCUCCCGUCGCGCCCAGCAGUCCAAGCGCGUCGGCUCCAAGUCGCCGUACACCCUCUCGUACGCUGGUCAAAUCCGGCUCUGCGUGCGACGUGGUUUCCAGCGUCUCAAGGCCGAUCCGUCUCUCACGCUCUCUCAACUCUUCGGUAACGUUGUCAUGGUUCUUAUCAUCUCGUCGAUCUACUUCAACCUGCAACCUAACACCGCGUCGUUUUACAGCCGCGGCGGUCUCCUGUUCUUCGCAAUUCUCAUGAACGCCUUCGGCUCUGCCCUGGAGAUUCUCACUCUGUACGCCCAGCGUCCGAUCGUCGAGAAGCACGCGCAGUACGCAUUCACGCACCCCUCAGCCGAGGCGUUUGCGUCCAUGCUCUGCGACCUGCCUUACAAGAUCCUCAACGCCAUCUUCUUCAACAUUACGCUCUACUUUAUGACCAACCUGCGUCGUGAGCCAGGACCCUUCUUCUACUUCUUCCUGGUCUCGUUCCUCCUCACGUUGACCAUGUCGAUGAUGUUCCGUUCGAUCGCCUCGCUCUCCCGGUCCCUUACCCAGGCUCUCGCUCCCGCUGCCGUCCUCAUCCUCGGUCUCGUUAUCUACACCGGCUUCGCCCUGCCCGUCACUUAUAUGCGCGGCUGGUCUCGCUGGAUGAACUACAUCGACCCCAUUGCGUACGGCUUCGAGUCGCUCAUGAUCAACGAGUUCCACGGGCGGGUCUUUGAGUGCUCGCAGUGGGUUCCUAUGGGCCCAAUGUACCCGGCUCCGGGCACGUCGGAUUCGGUCGUCUGCUCGUCGGUCGGUUCCGUUCCCGGCCAGUCUGGCGUCAAUGGUGAUGACUACCUCUGGCUGGCGUACAACUACCACCAUUCUCACAAGUGGCGCAAUGUCGGCAUCAUCAUCACAUUCAUGGUCGGCCUCUGCUGCGUCUACCUUGCUGCCACCGAGCUCAUCACCGCCAAGCGCUCCAAGGGUGAAAUCCUCAUCUACCCGCGCGGCAUGAUCCCCAAGGAGUUCAAGUAUAGCGACAAGCCAGUCGACGAGGAGGCCAUUGCUCUCGAGCGCCAGAAGGCUGAGAUGCGCGCCGAGGCCACUUCGCGUGCCGACGCCAUCAUCCAGCGCCAGACCGCAAUCUUCUCGUGGAAGGACGUCGUCUACGACAUCAAGAUCAAGGGUGAACCCCGCCGUAUUCUGGACCACGUGGACGGCUGGGUCAAACCAGGCACACUCACUGCGCUAAUGGGUGUCUCGGGUGCUGGCAAGACCACGCUCCUCGACGUCCUCGCUACUCGUGUGACUAUGGGUGUUGUUUCCGGUGAGAUGCUCGUCGAUGGUCGUCCUCGCGACGUUUCGUUCCAGCGCAAAACCGGUUAUGUUCAGCAGCAGGACCUGCAUCUGGAAACUUCGACUGUCCGUGAGGCUCUCCGCUUCUCGGCCGUGCUUCGCCAGCCCAAGUCCGUUUCGCGCGAGGAGAAGUACGACUACGUCGAACAGGUUCUCAAGCUCCUCGAAAUGGACGCCUUCGCUGACGCCGUUGUCGGCGUCCCCGGUGAGGGUCUCAACGUCGAGCAGCGUAAGCGCCUCACCAUCGGUGUGGAGCUCGUCGCCAAGCCCGAGCUCCUUCUCUUCCUCGACGAGCCGACGUCUGGUCUCGACUCGCAGACUUCCUGGAACAUUCUCAUGCUUCUCCGCAAGCUCACCGCAAACGGACAGGCCAUCCUGUGCACCAUCCACCAGCCUUCGGCGAUGCUGUUCGAGCAGUUCGACCGCCUCCUGUUCCUGGCCAAGGGUGGCAAGACUGUCUACUAUGGCGAGGUCGGCGACAAGUCGAACAUCCUGAUCGACUACUUUGAGCGCAACGGUGCACCCAAGUGUGCACCUGGCGAGAACCCCGCCGAGUGGAUGCUGUCAGCUAUUGGAGCCGCUCCCGGCUCGUACACCGAGCACGACUGGCAUCAGCUCUGGCUCGACUCGCCUGAGCGCGUUGCUGUUCGCGACGAGCUCACCGACCUGAAGCGAGAGCGCCGUGCUCUCGUUCCCAAGCAGGACAAGACCGACAAGGCCAACAAGGCAGCGUACACCGAGUUUGCUGCUCCCUUUGGUCUCCAGUUCUUCGAGGUUCUCCGCCGUGUCUUCCAGCAAUACUGGCGCACGCCGUCGUACAUCUGGUCCAAGAUUGCGCUCUGUGUCUUCACUGGUCUCUACAUUGGUUUCUCGUUCUUCCGCGCAGACACGUCGCAGCAGGGCCUCCAGAACCAGCUCUUCUCCGUCUUCAUGUCGUUCACCAUCUUUGGCCAGCUUGUCCAGCAGAUCAUGCCCAACUUUGUCAUCCAGCGUUCGCUCUACGAGGUCCGUGAGCGUCCGUCCAAGACGUACUCGUGGGUCAUCUUUAUUCUGUCCAACAUUGUGGUCGAGAUCCCCUGGUCGAUCCUCGUCGGCACCCUGUUCUUCUUCGAAUGGUAUUACCCGAUCGGUCUCUACCGGAACGCCAUUCCCACCGACUCUGUCACCGAGCGCGGCGCCCUCAUGUGGCUCCUCUUCAUGACGUUUUUGCUCUUCACCUCGACCUUUGCCACCGCCAUGGUCGCCGGUAUGGAGCUCGCCGAGACCGCUGGUAACCUUGCCAACCUGCUUUUCUCGCUCUGCCUGAUCUUCUGUGGUGUCCUCGUGCCCCUCCAGGGGCUCCCCGGCUUCUGGAAGUUCAUGAACCGCGUCUCGCCCUUCACGUACCUCGCCGAAGGCAUGCUCGCGACCGGUCUCGCUGGGACCAAUGUCGUCUGCUCGUCGAACGAGCUCCUCAGGCUCACCGCACCUGCCGGCCAGACCUGUGGCGAGUACCUCGGUCCAUGGAUCCAGAUGGCGGGAGGCUACGUGGUGGACUCUGCGGCUUCAUCUUGCGAGUACUGCGCCAUGAGCGACACCGACACCUUCCUCAGCGUCUUCAACAUCUACUACAAGAACCGCUGGCGCGACUUUGGCCUCAUGUGGGUCUACAUCAUCUUUAACGUUUUCGCCGCCAUUGCCUUGUACUACCUCGCCCGUGUCCCCAAGAACAAGAAGGAGGCUGUCGAGGAGACGAACGAGGACCUUGAUCGUGUCCUGACUGGUGCUACCGGCAUCUCGCGCCAGCUCACGGUGGGCGAGAAGAUCCAGUCGCCCCUCAACGGCAACGGCGCCGACUACCUGGGCGCCAAGCAGCUCAACGACGACCCAUACAACGAGAAGGCUGUCGGCAACGGCACAUUCCCCAACGAGAAGGCCAGCCCAUACGGCGCGCCGCCCGUCAUCGCCACUGGCUCGGACCGCUCAGCCCCUACCACCAUGGACGACACCACGCGCGUGCCGUCGCCCGACCCGCCUACCCCUGGAGAGUACUAUGACGCGUCUGCCGCCCUUGGGGCACCAGCCAUGACCACGUCGCCGGGUCCCCCCGUCGGCGCACGCUCAUCUGAGCACCUCCAGUAA